AUGGAACACAUUGCUCGUCAAUCCAUGAACGUUUGUCCUUUCGUCAGCUCGAUGUCAGCUUCGGCUCUCAAGCAACUGUCGAAAAACUCUUCCUUGGCCUCAAAGGCCGGUGGAUGCCCAGUCAUGGGCCCUGCUCUGGAACACGUCAGACAAUAUUCUACCCCUUCAUCUCCAGCGCAAGCUCAGGCCACCGAGCCCUUUGUAGCUCCCAAAGUUGAGAUCCCCGUCUCUGCCGGAUCCAACGAAGUGAGCUUUGACUACGAUGGACUGUACCAGAACGACCUGGCCAAGAAACGUCAGGACAAGUCCUACCGUUUCUUCAACAACAUCAACCGUCUGGCCAAGGAGUUUCCCCAGGCUCAUCGUGAGCUGGAGGAAGACAAGGUGACUGUCUGGUGCUCCAACGAUUACCUCGGGAUGGGCAAGAACGAGCAGGUUCUCAACACCAUGAAAGAGACCAUGACCAAGUACGGUGCCGGUGCUGGAGGAACCAGAAACAUUGCCGGUCACAACCGUCAUGCCAUCCGAUUGGAAAGCGAAGUUGCUGCUUUGCACAAGAAAGAAGGAGCUUUGGUAUUUUCCUCGUGUUUUGUUGCCAAUGAUGCCGUCCUGACUUUGCUCGGCCAGAAGCUCAAGGAUCUGGUUAUUUUCAGUGACGAGCUCAACCAUGCCUCUAUGAUUGUUGGUAUCAGAAAUUCCCGAUCCAGAAAGCAUAUUUUCAAACACAAUGAUUUGAAGGAUCUGGAGGAGAAAUUGGCCAUGUACCCGAAAUCCACUCCCAAGCUGAUUGCGUUUGAGUCGGUCUACUCCAUGUGUGGAUCGGUUGCUCCUAUUGAGAAGAUAUGUGAUCUCGCCGACAAGUACGGUGCUUUAACUUUCCUCGACGAAGUCCAUGCUGUUGGAAUGUACGGUCCACACGGUGCCGGUGUCGCUGAGCACAUGGACUUCAAGUCGCACCUUGCCUCAGGUAUUGCUUCUCCAGCCCAUGAGACCGUUAUGGACAGAGUCGACAUGAUCACUGGAACUCUUGGAAAGUCCUUUGGAACCGUUGGUGGUUACGUGGCAGCAUCGUCCAACAUGAUUGACUGGAUUAGAUCGUUUGCUCCUGGCUUUAUCUUCACCACCUCUCUGCCUCCUGCUGUUAUGGCUGGAACUAGUACCUCCAUCCGUAUCGUCAGAUCCAACAUUGAGGACCGUGUCAACCAACAAUUGAAUGUUCGUUACGUCAAGAAUGCAAUGGCAGGUUUGGGAAUCCCUGUCAUGCCAAAUCCUUCUCAUAUCGUUCCUUUGCUAGUAGGUAAUGCUGCCGAUGCUAAGAAGGCAUCUGAUAUGCUCUUGGAGAAGCACAACAUUUACGUUCAAGCAAUCAACUUUCCAACCGUUGCAGUUGGUCAAGAGAGACUCCGUAUUACUCCUUCUCCUCACCAUGGCCAGGGUAUAUCCGAUAGCUUGGUUGAGGCCGUUGAUGAGGUAUUCACUACCUUGAACCUCAAGAGAGUUCCUGAAUGGGAAGCUCAGGGUGGACACUGUGGUGUCGGUGAACCAACUCCGGUAACCUUCGAAAACCUUUGGACUGAUGAAUAUUUGAAGCUGACCAACAAUGACAUGAACCCAAACAUCUUGGAUCCUGUUAUUGAGUCCUUGGCCACUUCAACUGGUGUCACAGCCUAA